CAGCCCUUUGUUCUUGCUCAAACUGAAUUUGACACCGGAUGACUCAAAAGUUAAUUUGAUUAAACUUUCGAUUUUACUAGGCAGAAACUCAGCGACCGAGAAGAGAACAAACUGCUGUAUUGGAAGGAAAGUCGCAACACACAAAAUCAACAAAAAAUGGCAUCGGACGACUGUGCUCUGUAUGCAGAGCUCCUCGUCAACAUCCGCCAGAUUUCCCUGGCCGUGUCGCUCUCUUCGCCAUGCGAUGCUUCAACCCAUGUCGCCGUUCUUGCUGACUGCAGAACAAUCGAACUCAAGCACCGCGACAGCACACAUCUUCUGACGCUCCCAGCAAAGACAGCUCUCGGCGGCACCUUGCUCCCUGUCCAAGACAAGCAAAAAGGGAGCACAUCUCUCUCCUGGCGGCUCGCUCUCGAUGCUUCGUCUCUCCCGCCAUCACAUCAAUUGGACGAGAUGGUUUGGUCGGCGACAGAUCUGGACCCCAAAUCCGGGGUGGCUUGCCGACAGUGCGCCACUGAUGUUGUUUGUUCUGGCUCCGUUAAGGCCUGGAAAGAUCUCCCCAGCGAGAACUGGGCCGAGAUGAUGGAAUUCUGGCAUUGUCAUAAGCCUGACCAUCAUCACCCUAACCCAAGCGAGGAAACUGGAAAGGCCGGUGAAGAGAGCCUCGCUGCGAGGGGCUACGGCGCCUCCUCAGCCAUCUCCGCCCAGGAGGGUGUCGGCUUUGUGGACUUGACGACGCUUCUCUUCGAAGAAAAGGAUUGUCAAAAUGUGACGUUCUCUCUGUCUGGCUUUGACCAAGGUAUGACAGAGAGACAGGGCCUUUCGUUGGCCAAUGAUACAACAAACUAUACCCCUAACCUGAACGUCUUCUGCUCUUCCUGUCGUGCGCAUCUGGGAUUUUUCAACUUCCGAACCUCCGCAGUUACUCUGCUCAAGUGGCGGAUAUCCUGCAAAUCCGCCUCAGCCGCCGCCCCGGCCAUCCCAGAAUGCCUCGCAGCCACUCUCAUUUCCACCAUAUCUCGAUCCGGGUCCUCCAAGUCUCUAAUUACCCCCCUAAACGGAACCGCACAAGAAAGCCAUGCCGAGGGCAGUCCAGGAAAUGCAAUCCACAUUUGGGUACUCAAUAGCAGUAUCGUGUACUCCUCAAGUGGUAUCCCGCAACGCACGCCAGCCAUCAAACUCCUCUACCGGCCACUGCCCCGUGAGGAAGCCGACAGGAUGCUGGAGACCGUCACCUGUGACUCUCUAGAGGUAAAUCUACCAGUACAGGCGCUGGGCGAGGUUAUUCGGCAUUUGGAUGACAGCAACGCGUUGUUGCCGCCGACGGAGCGCGUGUUCAAGGAGUGGAAGGUGGGGUUGCUUACGAGAUGGGAGCAGAAAGUGUGAAUGUCAUAAGUACAACACAAACAAUACAAGGAUUUGCGGCUUUCUUGCCAAUGAAGA